AUGAGCGCCAGAACCCGACGGCAAAAAGCUGCCCUGUCUGUUAAUGGGGAGGAGAGCGAGGAGGGUAAUGGUGUUGCGCCCACCCCAUCCAAGCGCACACCAUCCAAGAAACGGACUCGGUCCGCGGCGCGUGAAGCGCCCCGAGAGAAUGUGUUUUUGUUCUGGCCAAACCUGAUCGGGUACUCUCGAAUUAUUCUUGCCUUCGCGUCUCUCUACUACAUGCCCCUCCACCCCCGGACAUGUUCCAUCCUGUACAGCGUGUCUUGUCUGCUGGAUGCACUGGACGGAUAUGCGGCGCGCUACUUUGACCAGUCCACCUCAUUUGGUGCUGUGUUGGACAUGGUGACAGAUCGCUGCACUACAUCAUGCUUGCUGGUGUACCUUGGCUCCGCCUGGCCUCGGUGGGCAAUUAUUUUUCAGGGCCUGAUCUGCUUGGAUCUUGCCAGUCACUACAUGCAUAUGUACGCCACUUUGAGCCAGGGUGGAUCUAACCAGAGCCACAAGAAGGUCGACUCCAGCCGGAGCUGGGUGCUAUACCAAUACUACAACAGCAAGACUGUUCUGUUUAUAUGCUGCUGCUUGAACGAGGUCUUCUUCAUCGGUCUCUACUUGCUGUCCUUUUCCUCUCCUACCCUCUCUCCCUCGCUUCUGCAACCGGUCCACGACGUUCCAUCCUCCGCCCAGCCCGGAAACCCCGCGCACACCCCGCCGAGCAGUCUUUUUGCGAGCCCGUGGAGUGCCGGAGCGCUUGAGCUAGCUCGUGCGAACAAGAUCGAUAGCUUCUGGCCUUGGGUUAUCACCGGCAUUGCGGCUCCUGUCAUGGCAUUCAAGCAGUUUGUCAACGUCGUCCAGAUGGUGAAUGCCAGCAAGUGGAUGGCCGAGGGUGAUCUCGAGGCUCGCCGCACCCGCAAGAAGAAAUAA